GUUACAUACAUCAACCAGCAGGCUGGCUUAUUUACUGGGAACGACCAUGUGAAUGCUCACGAGAAAAACACAACCAACAACAUGGCCCCACAGCCUGUGAGUACUGGAACGAAGUCUAACAACACCACCAAACGGAAAGAUGUGCCGCAAGCCCAGGGCGCGGGCCGCGCAUUCAAGCGCGUCAAGGUCCAAGAUGCGCGUUCUAUCCGAUCCCAGCCUGCAGAUGCCGCUCUAAAGGAUGGUGAGCUGGAUCUCCAGGCAUUUCUGGACGCGCGCCAGUUUGAGAUUGGGGCUCUCCAGGAUGGCAUGCGCAAGUCCAAGGCCCUCAAUAACCGCCGUGCCUUCCAGCUCGUGCCCAGGGAGAUGCGCCGCCGGACCGCCUCUCACAAUGUGAAGAAGCUGCCCAAGCGCUUGCGGAACAGGGCGAGGCGGGAGCAGGUCCAGGACAACACCCCUACCGUCGUGGCCGGGAAGAGGAAGCCCAAGACUACAAGGGCACGCAUACGCCUGGAGGCGGCCAGACGAUUAGGCAUCCUGGCGGACAAAAAACGCAAGCGCAAGUUGAGAGAGGCCAAGGCCAGGGCCAAGGCCUCCGGCGGCGCUGGUGCGAAGGAGGAGGCUUCUGCUGCGUUCAAACAGUUGAUCGAGACCAGGCCAGCAAGACCAAAAAUACGGAGAAACUUGUUAAAUGACCCGCCAAAACCAAAGGCAAAAUUCAGGAAACGCCAGAUCGAAAAGACUUGGCUACCUACACAUCUUUGGCACGCAAAACGGGCAAGGAUGACGCCCCCCAAGGAUCCCUUGUGGCGAUUUGCCAUUCCCAUAACGCCCAACGAAAAGGUCUACCGGGCAACGCAUCGAGCUGCAAGCAUUCAAGGGGCAGUAGUCUGGGAUAUGAGUUAUAUGAGUACCAUCGGCAUGUACGGUCACGGACCGGGCGUUGAGAGGACUUUGAGGUCCUUGGGCCUGUCCCACGAUAGCCUAUGGGACGAUCGAGGCAAGAAGUGGAGAGACGGCCGGCGCAAGUGGUCGGGCAUGAUUAGCAGGCAAGCUGGCGGGGAUACCAGGAGACAAAUCGGCCCUGCUACCAUCAUAUGGAAUCCACGACCAGUCGCUACGGACAGACACGCUUCGGACGCCGCAGAAACCGAUCACCUCAAAAGGCCAGAAAGAGUCGAAAGACAGCUCUUCGUGCGGGUGCACCCAUCAUGCUUCCUGGAAGUAUUUGAUUUGCUCGUUUCUCUCACCAAGCGAGAGCAGCCCCGCCUCUACAUAGAGGACCUCCGUUUCGAAAUCGGAAGCAUCGAGCUUGUAGGCCCUGGCACAGCAGAGGCCCUCUCCGGAAUUUUAGCCCCAUACUACAGCAGUGAAAAGUCGAAAGAGGCUCAUACAAUGCAGCCGGAGUUCUUGGCUGGGAUUAACAAUACCGCGGCGCCUCAAAACGAUAUCGUCUGGGGUUUCUGUGCGCAGGACUCUCGCCUGCGAUACCCUCCACGCACAGUACAGUCUCAGGCACCCGGCAAAGAGCCAGCCGCUGGGGCUCCUAACACGGCUCAUGUCACAUCAGAUCAAGAGAAGCCUAGGCCCUUCCUUCUUUUUGACCGUGACGCCCGAUUUAAAGCCGCCUCUUUCCCCUCGCAGAAGUCUAUCAACAGGCGGAAAGGCUCUAAUCCACCAGGGCAGCCCCUGAGCGUCACUCCUGCAGAUCCGCCCUUCCCCAUGGUGCUGUUCACCUCUCGAGGCGCUGCUACAAAGCACUCCCAGGUCUCUUGGACGCUGCUUGCCCCUUUCAAAUGCAUCCUGCCCAUAUGGUACAGUCUGGUGCAUUAUCCAAUGUCGACCGGUGGAAAUCCCAGGGUCGGGGGCUUGGAUGAGCUGCGCCAGGUGACCUUUGAGCAGGGCAUGCCUUGGUUCCCGGGUGAUUUCCCGGGCACAAACGCAGGUGUCGACUGGGAGCUUGACCAACGGGCGAAAAGGAAGGCCGACUGGGCAAAGAGACCCAAGUCGAAGAGAGUUGCAUGGGAAUCUCUUGACCUAGGGGCUGGUCGUAAGGGAGAAAUCGGCAUAGGCUGGGCAUGCGAGUUUGAGAGAUUAUUUGGACUGCAACUCCAUGAAGAGAAUUGCUCAUUCGAUAAAAAGCACCGAAAUGCCAACUCGCCGCCGCGGAUCAGGCCAGAGGAAAAGGAAGCAAUGGAUGUCGACGGAGGCGAAGCCGCAUCUACCCAAGAGAAUCCCUCGGCAACCGACCAAGGAGAGCCAAAGUUCAAGCAAAAGUCAUCUACAGCGCAGGCACCUCAUCCUUUAAUGCUCAUACAUCACCUUCGAAAACACACUUUCAACGCGCUAGUGUCCGGGGUGGUCAACGGAACGCCACCGCCAUAUUCUAUAGUCACUAUCAAACUCACGGUCCUCGGUCGUGGCGUGGCCCGGCCAUGCGCUCGUAUCUACCGCCUCCCAGCACGAAACGACACGCCGAUUGCCUCUACUCAGCCAGAGGUCCCGGCGACGCAACCUCCAUCACAAAUAAAGGAACUUCCCCCAGACCUGCGCGACCAGUGGCUCGCCCAGGUCCACGGUUCUCCGGCUAAAACACGUUCCUCCACGGACAAGAGCGGCAACCAGCCCCGCCGUUUCCCCGCCGGCGCGGGCUUUGAAGCCCAGAAGGUUCUGCUCGCGCAGACCCUGUUGACCAGUGAGAUCCCCUUCCCACCUCAGAAGACCGCAGGUGGCAGCGGCGACCACCCCCUUGUACCUGGCGAGGAGGACCUCAUCGGGUACGUGACCAAGGGGGAGUUCUGCCUCGCGCAAGGGCAGGCGUUGGCAAUUGGGAGUAUUUCUGCUGAGAGGGCCCUGGAGGCCCUGCGCACUGGGGCUGAAAAGGAAGGAAGGAUUUGUGUGGUCAGGAAUGCGGGUGAGGAGGUUGGAUGGGUAGCCAGAUGGGAUUUGGUGUAAUCAACCCGGUCAAUAGUAACCUUCUCUACAAGUGCAGCCCACGUUGCGCCCAUGUUUAUGUCCAAAAAAACAGCCUCAGAUUGGAGGAAUACGAAUAUGAUCACGUGCUGAA